AUGGCAGAUAAUUGCUCGGUCGAUAUGAGGGACUAUGAAGCUUACCUCGAAAAGAGCGUUGUGGUCAUGCUGAGAGAUAAAAGACAUCUUUAUGGCAUAAUGAAAUCAUUUGAUCAAUUUAACAGCAUAACCUUGGAUAAAGUUGUUGAGAGAAUCUUUCAUAACGGCAAGUAUGCAGAAAAAAUACAUCAGCUAUUCAUUAUAAGAGGGGAAAAUAUCUCAAUCAUAGGAUUGGGCUGUUUUGACAUUCCUUCAAACUUAAAAAUGAUUGACUUUGAUGUGCUAAUCAGUGAAAUAUCAGCAUCAGCUCAAGAUAAUACGCAUUCCACCAUAUGA